AUGCGGGUGGCCAAGUGGCUGACCGGGCUGCUCUGCCCGAUCUCGCUCCUUCUCACUGGGUCUUGGGAAGUUCGUUUCCACCCACGACAGGAAGCCCUGGUGAAGACUCUGGCCUCCUACGAAGUGGUGACCCCCGCGCGGGUCAAUGAGUUCGGAGACGUGUUUCCCCAGAACCGGCACUUCAGCAGGAAGAAACGGAGCUCCGGGACUCCUGAGCCCACUCCGCUCAGGACCCACUACCGCAUCCGCGCCUAUGGGCAACUCUUCCACCUGAACCUGAGCGCUGACUCGGCCUUCCUGGCUGCAGGCUACACCGAGGUGCACUUGGGGACCCUGGCGCCUGGGACAGGCGGGGGCAGCGCGGAGCCCCCAGACCUGCGCCACUGCUUCUACCGUGGCCAGGUCAACGCGCGAGAGGACCACACUGCGGUCUUCAGUCUCUGUGGGGGACUGAUGGGAACAUUCAAGGCACACGAUGGCGAAUAUUUCCUAGAACCAGUCAUGAAGGCAGAUGGGAGUGAACAUGAAGAUGACCAUAACAAGCCCCACUUGAUAUACAGACAGGAACUAAAGAGGAGCUCCUCCACACAGUCCCAUGGGCCUUGUGAAGUUUCAGAAGAUGAAAUGAAGAAACCUGCUUUGCACUCUCCUGACUUCAGCAACGCGACUGGGGAUAGUCAUAGAAAGAAGGAAGUGGCGUUCAGAUUGGAGGGGGAAAGGAGUCAGCUACAUUCCAGGAGUAAGCGAUUUCUGUCAUACCCAAGAUAUGUGGAAGUUAUGAUUACAGCCGACGCUAAGAUGGUCCAUCAUCACGGGCAGAAUUUGCAGCACUAUGUGCUGACCCUCAUGUCCAUUGUUGCAGCAAUCUACAAGGACUCAAGCAUUGGGAACCUUAUAAAUAUAGUGAUUGUGAAGUUAGUUGUAAUUCACAGUGAGCAGGAAGGACCAGUCAUCAGUUUUAACGCAGCUACCACACUGCGCAACUUUUGCCUAUGGCAGCAGACUCAGAAUGUGCUGGACGAUGCUCACCCUUCCCACCACGACACCGCUGUUCUCAUCACUAGGGAAGACAUUUGUGGAGCUAAAGAGAAAUGUGACACAUUAGGUUUAGCAGAGUUAGGCACCCUGUGUGAUCCCCUGAGGAGCUGCUCCAUUAGUGAGGAGAAUGGCCUGAGCGCGGCCUUUACCAUUGCCCAUGAGCUCGGACACGUGUUUAAUGUUCCGCAUGAUGACAGUUAUAAAUGUAAAGAAGCUGGGAUUAAACAUCAGUAUCAUGUAAUGGCCCCAACCCUUAAUUACCACACGAGUCCUUGGACCUGGUCAGCUUGUAGUCAGAAGCACAUCACAGAGUUCCUGGACACUGGCCAUGGAGAAUGCCUUCUUGACAAACCAAAUGGAAGAAUCUAUGACCUGUCUCCACAGCUUCCUGGCGCAGUGUAUGACGUGAACAAGCAAUGCGAGCUUAUGUUUGGUCCUGGAUCACAAGUGUGUCCCUACUUGAAACAAUGCCGGCGCCUGUGGUGCACGAGUGCGGAAGGUGUCCACAAGGGCUGUCGCACACAGCACAUGCCGCUGGCAGACGGGACGAGCUGUGGUCCUGGGAUGCAUUGCCACCGUGGGCUGUGUGUGACCAGAGACAUGGAGACCCGUCCUGUGGAUGGCGAAUGGGGACCCUGGGGACCCUACAGCUCUUGCUCAAGGACGUGCGGAGGUGGAAUUAAAAGCACAACCAGGCUCUGUGAUCGCCCCGAGCCAAGAAACGGAGGAAGGUACUGUGUGGGCCGCAGGAUGAAAUUUCGAUCAUGUAACACUGAUUCAUGUCCAAAAGGCAAGCAAGACUUCCGCGAAAAGCAGUGCUCCGACUUUGAUGGUAAACAUGUCAACAUCCAUGGCCUCCCCGCUAAUGUGAGGUGGCUGCCCAAGUACAGCGGGGUUGCCAUAAAAGAUCGCUGUAAACUCUAUUGCCGGGUCGCUGGGACUACCAGCUUCUACCAGCUGAAAGACCGAGUGGCUGAUGGUACACCCUGUGGGACUGAGACUAAUGACAUCUGUGUCCAGGGCCUUUGUAGGCAAGCUGGCUGUGAUCAUGUGUUAAACUCCAAGGCCAAGAGAGACAAAUGUGGAGUGUGUGGUGGAGAUAAUUCUUCAUGCCAGACUCUGGCGGGCGUCUUCAACAGUGCCCAUUAUGGAUACAAUGUUGUUGUAAAGAUUCCUGCAGGGGCAACAAAUAUUGAAAUCCUUCAGCACAGCUAUUCGGGAAGACCCGAAGAUGACAACUACCUUGCGUUAUCUGACACGCACGGGAACUUUCUUCUGAAUGGAAAUUUUGUUGUAAGUAUGGCAAAGAAAGAAAUCAACAUCCAGGGAGCUAUCUUCGAAUACAGUGGAUCAAACAACUCGAUUGAAAGAAUCAAUAGCACCGACCGGCUGGAAGCGGAGCUCGUUCUGCAGGUGCUAUGUGUAGGUAACUUAUACAACCCUGACGUGCGCUAUUCCUUCAACAUCCCCAUUGAGGAGAGGAGUGAUCUGUUCUCUUGGGAUCCAUAUGGGCCGUGGCAAGACUGUCCCAAAAUGUGCCAAGGUCUUCAUAGGAGGAAAAUUGUCUGCAUUCGUAAGAGUGACCGUGCAGUCGUGUCCGAUCAAAGUUGUGGCCACUUACCGCUGCCCUUGCUUGUGACGGAAAAGUGCAACACAGACUGUGAACUCAGGUGGCAUAUCACCGGCAAAAGCGAAUGCUCAUCCCAGUGUGGCCAAGGCUACAGGACCCUCGAUGUUCACUGCAUGAAGUAUUCCAUUCAUCAAGGACAGACUGUUCCAGUAGAAGACCACUACUGUGGCGACCAGCUCAAACCCCCGACCCGAGAGCCUUGCCAUGGCAACUGUGUUUUAGCGAGGUGGCAUUAUUCAGAAUGGUCCCAGUGUUCUCGGAGUUGCGGAGGCGGGGAGAAGACUCGAGAGUCCUACUGUGUAAAUGGCUUUGGCCACCGCCUUGAUGACCGACAGUGCCAAGUGCUUCCGCGGGUGAUGCUUGGGAAUUGCAAUGAGUUUCCUUGUCCCAGCUGGGUUACUAGUGAGUGGAGUGAGUGUCCUGCCACGUGUGGAAAGGGAAUGCAGCAGCGACAGGUUUGGUGUCAGCUGAGUGACGACCCCCUGAGCGAUGGCUUCUGUAAUGCCAGUACCAAGCCCGAGUCCCUGAGACCCUGUGAGCUCCGGGCAUGCACUUCUUGGCAUGUAGGCCCCUGGGGUCCUUGCACAGCCUCCUGUGGACACGGGUACCAAAUGCGUGCUGUCAAAUGUGUCAGCGAGCUUUUUGGCUCCAUGCUAGAUGACAGAGAAUGCCAGGAAACCAGCCGGCCCAGCGACAGACAGGAAUGUAUGGUUGCACCUUGCUUGGUUGUUCCAAAUGUUGGGGCAUCCUCCUUACCGGCCAUUCCUCUGGGAAAGGCAGCCCAGUGGCGCUAUGGAUCUUGGACCCCAUGCUCUGUGUCCUGCGGAAGGGGCAGUCAGGCCCGCUAUGUGAGCUGCCGCGAUGCCCAGGAUGAAAUGGCUGAUGAGUCGCAUUGUGCCCACUUGCCCCGGCCUGCUGAAGUAACCCUCUGCUUCAGUCCUUGUGGAGAAUGGCAGGCAGGGAACUGGUCACCGUGCUCAGCUUCCUGUGGACAUGGGAAAACCACUCGACGCAUUUUCUGCAUGAACUACCACCAGCCGGUUGAUGAGAGUUUCUGUGACCCCGAAGUUCGUCCUGUGAUUGAACAAGAAUGUAGCCUGGCAGCCUGCCCGCCCCCAUACAACCACUUCCCCAGCUCCUCCGAGCAGCCAAGCCAGUUUCCAGGCAGAAAUAGCCCAUUAAUUCAUAAACCAGAAGAGAAUCAAAACCAGGGGGUCCACCUGUCAAUCAGAGGAAACCAGUGGAGAACAGGCCCUUGGGGAGCAUGCUCCCGAAGCUGUGCAGGAGGCCUUCAGCGCCGGGCUGUGGUCUGCCAGGAUGAAGAUGGGCACAGUGCUUCUUACUGUGAUGUGGCCUCUAAGCCCCCAGAGUCAAAUCACUGUGGCUCCGGACCCUGUCCACAAUGGAAUUUUGGGGAUUGGGGAGAAUGCACACAAACAUGUGGAGGAGGAAUAAAAUCAAGAUUUGUCAUAUGCCAGUUUCCCAAUGGCCAAAUGGCACAGGAACAGAACUGUGACCUUCCCAAGCCACCAAGCAUGAUGCAAUGUCAUGUACACGCCUGUCCUGGUGAUGUGUCCUGGUAUCGGGGACCAUGGAAAUCGUGCUCAGCUUCUUGUGGUAAAGGUAUAAAGUACCGGGAGGUCCUUUGCAUUGAUCAACUUCAAAGAAAAUUAGAAGAAAAACAUUGCAGUCAUCUGCAGAAACCUCGAACUCACAAAGCUUGUAGAUCGGGACGGUGCCCUUCAUGGAAAGCCAAUAGAUGGAAAGAGUGCUCUGUGACCUGUGGCUCGGGGCUGCAGUGGAGGAAGGUGUACUGCAGAUUGAGAGGCACCGGUCCAGUGGCUGAAAACAUGUGCGAUCCAGCUACCCGGCCUCAGCAGCAUCAGCAGUGCUGGCACCAGGACUGCAGGAGGUACCAGUGGAUAACUGGAGCCUGGCUAGAUUGUUCAAAAUCCUGUAAGAAAAAGGAGACCUACCGUCUAGUGAAAUGCACAGAUGAGCAAAACAUCCAAGUGAAUGAAAGUUUCUGUGACCCUUUAAGGAAACCUCUUUCAAUCAAAAAGUGCAGGAACCCUCUCUGCAAGUAUAUGGUGGUGACGGGAGACUCAUCUCAGUGUGCAGGUAACUGCGGGUUCACUAACCCACAGAAGAUGACAUACUGCACCAGGAUCCGGUCCUCUAAGAAGCAUGCAUUCCAUCAGCUUCAGCCUGUAGCCUAUGCAGAAUGUCCCGUGAAACCUUCUCCUCAUGUGUACAGAUGUGACAUUCGAAGCUGUUUGCAUGUGGCCACUUGGAAAGUGGGGAAAUGGAGCAAGUGCUCAGUCACUUGUGGAAAUGGGAUAAUGGAGAGAAGAGUAGAAUGCAGGACUGAAAACGGUUGGCCCAGUGACUUAUGUUUAAAGCCUUUAAAGCCAGAUGCUCAAAAGAAAUGUUAUGCCAAUGACUGUAAAUUAUUCGCCACCUGCAAAGAAAUCCAAGUUACAAAGAACAUUACCAAAGAUGGUGACUAUGACCUUAACAUCAGGGGAAGAACAGUGAAGAUCCAUUGCUCAGGCAUGCAACUGGAGAACCCUAAAGAAUAUUUACCACUGGUCAAAGGAGAAGAGAACUUUUCUGAAGUGUAUGGCCUGAGACUUCAAAAUCCCUAUGAAUGCCCCUUCAAUGGAAGCAGGAGGCAAGACUGUGCAUGUAAAAAUGACUACCCACCUGCUGGAUACACUGCUUUCAGCAAAGUGAGAGUUGAUCUCGCUUCCAUGCAAAUCAAAACUACAGAUCUUCUCUUUUCCAAGACACUCUUUGGAAAGGCGGUCCCAUUUGCCACAGCUGGAGACUGCUACAGCGCUGCCAGAUGCCCACAGGGGCAGUUCAGCAUUAACUUAGCAGGAACUGGGAUGAAGAUAUCCAACACAGCGAAGUGGCUUGCUCAGGGGAGGUAUGCCUCUGUCAUCAUCCACAGAUCCCAAGAUGGAACCAAAGUCUACGGUAGAUGUGGAGGGUUCUGUGGGAAAUGCGUUCCCCACACGGCUACAGGUCUCCCAAUUCAAGUACUCUGA